AUGGACGAUUAUGUCGACGAUCCCUCGGACGAUGCACUCUUCGAUGAUCAGGACGCCAAUGCCGGCGGUCUAGGUCGAGAGAAGAUCGGAUUGCAUACCAAUGAGGAUCUUGCGGGAUCUCGGGGGGUCUUCAAGCAGGUAAAGGUUAGCUCCACAUCCCAAGAUCGCACCAAAAGUGCAAAGCAUAUACCUGUACAGCCCAUUCCAGAGAGUAAUCAGGAGGUAGUGGAAACGAUUAGAACACUCAGUGAAGAAAAUGCCCUAUUAUUGAACAAGGUGAAGGAGCUCACUAAAAAUGCCCCUACCGCAGAAAGAGGAAACAUUAAGAAAGUGAUUGUUGACCUCAACACACAAAUUCGUCAACUCACAUCUGUUAAUGAGCGGUAUAAGAGCAAAAUUUCAGAACUUGAACAAGUCAACAAGGUUUUAACCACAGAGACUAACCAGUUAAGCAGCAAGCUAGAAGUCCUUGCAAAGCGCCAGCAAGAGCAGCCGUCUAAAAGCACCUCUGCACGCGGGUCACAACUGUCAUCGAAGGCUUCCCACGAUAAAGAGCCAGAUGACUCUGUCCUUCUCAAAUUGGGCCAACUGAAUAUUCAGAUUAAUGCUCUUACAAAGGAGAAUACGAUGUUAAAGACCGUGCUCCAAAGGGAGACAGGCGAGGAUUGGACGACUCUAAAGACCAAGUCACUGUCUACGACCUAUAGGGGGCGAUCUGAAGAGAUUUCUCUGCUCAAGGGUAAGUUAGUGUCGGCACAAGACCACAUACAACAACUGGAGGCAGAAUUAGCAAAUGCGCGGGGGCUCAUUGAGGUGCCGGACAACCCUGAAACUGCAUACCUCGGUGAAGAGUCUCGUGCAGCCAAUUACAUCGCUACCAUACGUGAACAGUAUCACACCCAGAUCGACAACUUAACUGCUGAUGUGCAGAGGCAGGCAGAUCGCCUGGCAGAGAAAGAUGCACGGAUCAAAGACUUGGUGGAGAAGGACAAAAAGAACUCUGUGCGAAUUGCAAGCUUAAACAAUGAGCUGAACGUCGUUAAGACAGGCGCAAAGAGCAUGCUUGCAAAGGCAAAGCAUGAUGAUCUCACAAUAGAGCUGUUGAGAAAGUACAUUGAUUCCGGGGCCAAUCAGUCCAAGACGAGAGACAUGCCCGUAUAUGACCAACUCAUGCUUGCAGAGAAUGCUGUAAAGGCGUCCGAAGCCAAGCUGGAGGCGGUGAUGCAGACGACGAAAUCCUCGUCUGACCAGGCAGUCUAUGUCGCAGCAGCUGCACGGCUAGAGGCUCAUGAGCUGCGUGCCGUUGUGGAACGGCUUCAGUACACAGUGGAUGUCCUUGCGCGCCAGGUUCGAGAGCUGGAAGCUUCCAGAGGGCAAAUAAGCAAUUUGAUGUCUGCACUAGUGUCUUCCUCUACCUCGUUGGAGCCUUAUGUAGACCAGCUAUCUCCGCAAGCAUACGAGGUUCAAAUUGCCUCCAAGGACUUUGAGCUCCAGAGUCUUCGCAGAGUUGUAGAGCAGCUCAAUCAAGCCUUCGCAGACAUUGGCGGACAAAGCCUGACGAGCACGGGCGACAAGGCUGCGACCAUGACCACAGGAUAUAUGUCCCAGGGAGACACUAAAGAGAUUGAUUCUUUACUCAGUACAGUCAACGGCACGACUGGUGUGACUGGUACGGCUGCCGCAGUUAGCACGCUCGCUGUUACCGCUGCAAACCAGGCUGUGGCCAAGCACCUAAUAGAGCAGAAGCCAAAGAAGCUCAAGCGCACAAAGGAGGUAGGAGAAGAAAUGUAUAGACCCUUAUCUACGGAAUCAGGCACUUCAGACGAUGGACUCUGCAAGCAGCCGGUAGAGACACAGGAAUAA